AUGAGUUCUGGACUGACUAGAUGUCGAGUAAGUUCGGACCAACUUCACCUGUUGUUGUCGUUUAUGGAAGAGCACCGUGAUUUUGCAGCAGGGAAACAAUCCAUUUACUCGAGAUUCAGUGCCUGCAAGCUCUGGCGCCUUCUAGCAGAGCGUCUAAACGGAGCCGCAGACGAGUCAGGGGGCGCACGCAAAACACCAGAUAAGUGGUGUCGGUUCUGGGCAGAUUUAAAAUAUAAGGCUCGAAAGAAGUCUGCAGCCGGAGGAGCUCUCGGAGAACUGUCUGGUGUGGAGGAAAGACUGCAGAAUUUACUUGGAGCUCGGACAAGUGAUUCAAGCGGCGGUGGUUGUCGACGAGGCGGGAGUCACUCUGACGAGGAACACAAGCCCGCACUCGACGAGGAUAUGUACUCCGAGGGCUCUGGAGUCGGAGGAGGGGAUGCUCCGCGGCUUGCUACGGAGGAACUGUUGGCGGAGGCCGCCAUGCGCAGCGCGCUCGCUGCAGAGAAGCAGGCGGAGGCCGUCACACAGGCCGUGGAGCUGCUGCGGGACCUCGUGACCUUACUGAGGGACCGACCGCCCGCCCUGCCACAACACACCCUGCCGCCACACGCAGCCCCUCACGCACCACCGCCCGACCACACACUCUCAAUGCAGCAUCAUCAUCAUAGACUGUGA